UCCAUGUCGAAGUAUCAUUCUCUUACUUUCUGUUGACAUAAACAGCAGGACUGAGUCGCUUAAACUAAACAACGCGUUGUUUCUUUAAUGCAGCAUCCAAAAAACAAUACGCGGUUUUUAAUAUCCAUCCCUGGAGGAAGCACGUCUUCGCUGUAGGGAAAAUGGUUUAGUGUUUAUUUAUUUAUAUUUAUCCGCAUUCAUGGCCGCCGACAAUAAAAUUAAUUUCUGGAGGAGGAACGCAAAGGAUCCAGGAAGUCAGAGGCCUAUCUACGGGGCGAGGUACCCACCUGUGGACCCUCGGGUACUCUGCUCGUUCCUUAAAGACACUCCAAAGACGGACGCCGUGAGCGUCAGAUCAAAGAAGCCAGCUACGUUCCACGAGUUCGCACGUAGCACCAACGACGCCUGGGACAUUGACGAUGAGGAAGACGCCAGUUACUUCACUCCACUUGCACAUUCCGCUACUGUUCCUGUGCAGUCGCACUCCACAGUCAAAGCACCUCGUCUGAAAGAGACCAACUGCGUGACGGAUAAAGAACCAGAUCCCAGCCCAGGAAGCGUAGAUGUCCAGCGAGAUCAGCUGAAGACUGACAGUGAGUCGGUUAGUGGCAGGGUAGUGAAGUCCUGCAGUGACAUCCAGCUGAACAGCAAUUCAGAGCGCAGCACUCUACAGAAACAGCAGUCUCUCCCGGUGCGUCCCAUCAUCCCUCUGAUCGCCCGCAUUUCAGACCAGAAUGCAUCUGGAGCUCCACCCAUGACGGUGAGAGAGAAGACCCGAUUGGAUAAGUUCAAGCAGCUGCUGGCGAGUCCCAACACCAACCUGGAGGACUUACGAAAGCACAGCUGGUCAGGGAUCCCACGAGAAGUACGCCCUAUCACUUGGAGACUUCUAUCAGGCUACCUGCCAGCUAAUAUGGAGCGUAGGGAGCUGGUUCUCCAAAGGAAGAGAGAGGAGUACUUUGGCUUCAUCGAGCAGUAUUAUCACUCCAGAACAGACGAGCACCACAGAGACACCUACAGACAGAUUCACAUCGAUAUCCCCAGAACGAAUCCACUGAUUCCUUUGUUCCAGCAGCCGCUAGUACAGGAGGUGUUUGAGAGGAUCCUGUUUAUCUGGGCUAUCCGACAUCCAGCCAGCGGCUAUGUACAGGGCAUCAAUGACCUCGUCACUCCCUUCUUUGUCGUCUUCCUCUCAGAGUUUGUGGAGGAGGACAUGGAGAACUUUGAAAUGGCUGCUCUGCCUUUGGAAACACAACGCAACAUCGAAGCCGACAGCUUCUGGUGUAUGAGCAAGCUGCUGGAUGGAAUCCAGGAUAAUUACACAUUUGCCCAGCCUGGUAUUCAGAAAAAAGUGAAGGCUUUGGAGGAGCUUAUCAGCAGAAUUGACGAGGACAUGCACCUGCACAUUCAGAAGUGCGAGGUUGAGUACCUGCAGUUCGCUUUCCGCUGGAUGAACAACCUGCUGAUGAGGGAGCUACCGCUACGCUGCACAAUCCGCCUAUGGGACACAUACCAGGCCGAGUCAGAGGGUUUCUCGCAUUUCCACCUGUACGUCUGUGCAGCUUUCCUCAUCAAGUGGAGAAAAGAGAUCAUCUCCAUGCUGGACUUCCAGGGUCUGCUGAUGCUCCUACAGAACCUACCCACGAUACACUGGGGCAACGAGGAGGUGGGUUUACUCCUGGCCGAAGCCUACAGACUUAAAUACAUGUUCGCUGACGCUCCCCGCCACUACAAAAGAUGAGGACAUAAUAACGAACACGAUGAAGUGGCCCGACCCACACACUGCGCUCUCUCUGUCUUUCUGUCUCGUCUACAUCGCAGAUGCGUUUCUUCAAUCUUCUUUUUUUUACUUCAGACUGGAUGAUCGAGUAGAAAUCUAGAAAUCCAGCCUACUCAACACCGGGCUGAACGUAUGAAUGGAAUGAAGUCAAGGUCAAAAGUUCCAGCACUGCAAAUGAUCUCAGUAACUUCUACAUCUCAUCCUCAGGUGUUUUUUUUAAUAACCACAGCUCGGAUUGAACUUCUUCCUUUUUUUUUUCUUUUCCUCCAGACGAUAUUAAGUUUUAACAUCAACUCUUACCACUCCAUGAUGUGUGUGUGUGUGUGUGUGUGUGUGUGUGUGUGUUUGUGUGCUGUGUUUUUUUUUUUUUGUCUUUAUUUAAUUCCCUCUGUUUUAAUGACACUGUGGAGUCACUGGACCUGUUUAUCUCGCCAUCAUUGCUGGCAGAUGUCAGAGCCAUUUGCAGAAAUCUGGGUGAUCUAUCGUUCGAUCGACACUGGAUUCGACCGAUCUGAUUUCGUAGCUAGUUUCAGACGGGCAGCUAGAAUAUGAAUUUUUUUUUUUGUUGCUUGCUUGUUUGAUUAAAAAAAAAAAAAAAACGAAGAAAAAAAAAACGAACCACAUCAGAUCAGAUUUUAAGCCGGUGUCAUGAAGACAUCUUUGACACCAUUCUGACACAAUGAGCCUCAAUAUUCAGCAUUAUCUAGUUUAUGUUAGUUAAUGUUUAAAUAACUAGCAAUGCUCCUAUUUAGCUUAUUUCAUUUAAGGAGCAAAAUCUAUCAGUUUUAGUGAAACCGCAUCCAAAACGUCUUUAAAAUGUCGGAUAUUCUCGCCGUUUCUUGCCACAUUUAACACGGGCGUCGACAAAACAAAUCAAAUCCUGCCCUCACUUGUGUUAUAACAGCUAUAACAGUUAUAAGAAGGCCUCUACUUAAUAAUUGACAAGCCUAUAUAAAUAAAUUAACUAACUAAUGAAUAAAUAAAGAAAUAAAUGCAGUCUCCAUCCUAACGAAAACCUGCAAUCUUGUUUAAUUCAGACUGUUACAGAGUACAGAAAACUUGAUCAACAGUUGUUACACACGUUUUUUUUUUUAAUACAUUUAUUCAGAGAAUUUCCCCAAAAUGAUUUCUCUCCCUGUUCCAUGUGUUAUAAAAGAAACGAUAGCAUAUGUAAAAAAAACACCAAAAAAAAAACGUUUUAUUCCAGAUUCCAAACUUCGAUUGGAAGCUAGCACGAGUAGCUCGAUUUUUCUUUCGUUUUCUUAACAAUUAAAAAAAAUGGUUGUACUUUUAGUCUAGUGCUGAAUUAAUGUCAGUUAACUAUCACGUACCAAGUAGACUGUUACAGUGAAGUCAGUGAAGAAGUCCAGAUGACAUCAGAGUUAGCCGACGGGACGACGUCAUGUCAGGAUAACAACACUAGCUAGUUUUAUGAAUUGGAAAAAGUCAGCUACUUUUUUUUUUUGUUGUUAAUGUUUUGUCUUAUUUCCGCUACUCAGCAUGUAAACAGAUGUGUUGUCGCUAUAGGAACCGGAUUUGGAUUCGGAAGCAUGUGUGACUACAGUCAGUACUAAAAAAAACAAAAAAAAAAAACAAGAAAAUAGGUUUGAUCUCAUGUAAUUUGCAGCACGGACACUCGGGCUUAAAAAUCGGAUUUAAGAAAAUAAAUUAGAUUUGCAAGGCCGUCUGAUAUAUUUGAAGGUUCUGUAGCUUGGCGUAAAGCGCCUGCAUAUUGCACAAAAGAUCAAAUGAAAAUUUAAUAUUAAUAUAAAUAUUAAAAAGGGUUCUGCUUCUCCUGUGGUGGAACUUCAGAAACGACUAGCGAGCGCAGACCGCUGAAGUCAGACCGUGGUGAAAUAUUAAUGACAUGUUUGUAGCGAGCGAGGCGGUCUAAUGCGAGGUUGUGUUAUGCAAGUAGAUGGUAUAAGGAGAAGAAAAGAGUAAAGAAAAAAAAAAACAUCUGUCAG